UUCUAGGAACACUUGCGUGUCACUAACGCACGGCAACACGCCGACGUCACCAUCAGUCGCGUUCGCAUGCAGAUGAGAGUGACAACAUGUCGGACGCUCUCAUCGAAUCUCUACGAAACUUCUCGAAAAACAGCGAAGAAACGGAAAUUUCGCCAGAAAUGGAAGACAUACUGAAGACCAUCGCAAAGAGAGGCGAAACAAGUAUUCCGUGGUCGUUGCUAAAGCCGCUCAUGGUGUGCUCACUCGAAAAGGUAUUCUGUGAGUUUCACGAGAGAAGCCCGUAUACUAGUGAUCCCGAUGACUCAUCGGAUACCUUCCAGUCAAUGCGUGAUCGCAUUCUUGAAGCAUUUCAGCGCUUUGAGAGUGCCCCGUUUACGCUUCAGAGAUUGUGUGAGUUGAUUACAGAGCCUUGCAAGCAUUACAGGAAGUGUGACAAGUUUUUGCGGGGAGUGGAGAAGAAUGUGUUUGUUGUUACUACUAUCGAGCUGAGUGGGAUAGGAGGCGUGAGUGAUUGUGAUAACGACGGUUUCUUACUUCCAAAACCUCCGAAGAUACCGAAACUGUCUUCUAGAGCCGACAUAGACUGGAUAUCUACAAUGAUACCCAGUCACACGGAAGCUUCACGUAAACUCAUAAAAAGUGUCAAUCUUACGCCACUCGUUUCUAAGUCAGAAGUCGCAAAACCAUGCGAUCCAAGAGACGGCAAUGACAGAGAGACAGAGUCAGAGGCUGUCAUUGAUUCGACAUCAUCAGUUGGAAAUGAGAUAAAAAUCGAAGUACCUGAUCUUAUUGCUCACGAACGGUUACCUCUUGCGUCUAUCGAAGGAACAGAUGAGUGUGCUGUGUCUUCAACUACCGAUCUUGAUGAAGAGACGCACAGUAAGAACACGCAUGUGGAUGUUAAGCAACACGGAGUGCUGGAUGUGUUGGCAAGGGAAGAUGAAGAAAGUGUACAGUGUAAUAAUGAGUUAGGUGUGGAUAGAGGACAAGAGAGAGACUGUUGUAAAACUGGAAAUGCCCACAGGAAUAACGACGAUAAACAUUCAAAUGUCGCUUUCAAGCCAUUCGAACAGGUCGAUGUAUCAGCAAUGGAUACGUCGUAGCCAGCAAGGAAACAAGCACAUGUCAUGUAAAUUCUGUUUGUAUUAUUAUUAUUACGGACUAGCGUAAUAUUCUAAGUUCGACACUGUGUACUUAGCACUAUGGGAGUCAUGCACUCUCUUUUGAUGUAAGGCUCAUUGUUACUGUAUUGUAUCCGUUUACUAUCUAGUUGGGAAAAUAUUGUGAACUGGAGAA